AUGUCCACCGCAAGAUAUGGAAUGACUUUCGGUUCCAUAAUCGAGGAGACGUCGACUUCAAACAUAACAUCGCAAAAGGUUGCCCUCGCCGAAGAACUGUCCUUCAACACACAGUCUGCUGUCCAGGUCGUCAUCUACUGCAUCCUCUUCAUCAUCGCGGCCGGAGGCAACGUUCCCGUGUUUGUCACCUUGUUGCGCAACCGCCACCGCAAGUCGAGAAUCAAGCUGAUGAUCAUGCAUCUCGCCAUUGCAGAUCUAAUUGUCACCUUCGUCAUGAUUCCACUGGAAGUCUCUUGGAGACUCACUGUUCAAUGGACUGCAGGCAACUUUAUGUGCAAGCUAAUGCAAGUGUUCAGGGCCUUUGGACCUUACCUCUCCUCAAUGGUACUCGUGUGCAUCAGUGUGGACAGAUAUUUCGCGGUGCUUCAUCCUCUCAAGGUCCACGACGCUCAGCGGAGGGGCAAAGUGAUGCUGGCUGUGGCCUGGUACACAAGCCUUGUCUGCAGCAUACCUCAGGCGAUCAUCUUUCGUGUGAUGGAGCACCCGGCGAUGCCCGGCUUCUACCAGUGCGUCACCUUCGCAUUUUUUCCCACCCCGGGGCACGAGAAGGCUUACAACCUGUUCUGCCUCCUCGCCCUCUACGGGGUCCCGCUGGCCGCCAUUGUGACCUGCUAUGGCCGCAUUCUCUGGGAGAUUCACCGCCAGUCUAGAGACUCACACGAUGACCAGUCGACCGGUGCAGAAUCAAACCACGGACGUCUGCGCCUCCGUCGCUCGGACGUCCGGCACAUCGAACGUGCCCGGAACCGAACCCUCCGGCUCACCAUCGUCAUCGUCCUCGCGUUCUUCCUGUGCUGGACACCCUACGUCAUCAUGGUGCUUUGGUACCAGUUCGACCCGGAGGGCGCAGAACACGUCGAUGGCUACCUCCAGUCUUCCCUGUUCAUGUUCGCCGUGUCCAACUCGUGCGUGAAUCCACUCGUGUACGGCAGUUACACAGCGACCUUCGAGAAGAGGUGUUGUGGCCAGACGACCAGCUGGUGCUGGGUCCUCGGUAACGUUCGCUGCAAGGAGAACUACAAGUUGUCCAAGCAGCCGUCGAAGCAGACGGUGAACUCGUGGGUGACCAGGACACCACAGUGUCAGCAGCGCGAACUGCAGAAGGAUUGGUGUUCGGCGUGCUCUUCGGAAGUUUAUGACCUCCGAUCCGUGCUGGACAAGAACGAGGCUGGGUACUGCCAGAGCCACGUGGAACUGACGCGGAGCACGACGAAACUGUGCCGGUGUUCGGUGGACAGUGUUGUGCUUGUUUUGCCCAGUGCCAAACAGGUGUCGUAG